CGCAUCUUUGAACAAGAAACAAAAAAUGCCGAAAUAUUAUUGCGAUUAUUGUGAUACAUACCUAACUCAUGACUCGCCUUCAGUAAGAAAGACCCAUAAUAACGGACGCAAACACAAAGAAAAUGUCAAAUUCUACUAUCAAAAAUGGAUGGAAGAACAAGCUCAGACGUUAAUUGAUCAAACAACUGCUGCCUACCAAGCCACCUCACACAAGAUGCCAAACAUGCCUCCACCAGGAAUGCCUCCGCCAGGAAUGAUGCCCCCUCCCCCUGGAAUGAUGAUGCCUCCACCAGCUGGCAUGCCUCCCCCUAGUGGUCUUCCCUUCCCACCCCCAGGAGGAAUGCCUCCUCCACCUGGAGGUAUGCGACCACCACCUGGCGUGCGCCCACCCAUGGGGGACCUAAGGAUGGGACCACCUCAGAACAUGAAUCAGCAUCGACCACCACCAAUGUCUUCCGCAUCAUGACAAAAAGUAAUGCUCCCCUAGUGACAAACAGUCAACCUGUGAUAUCUUGUGUAAAUAGACUGGAAUAUGAGUUCAUAUACUGUUAUUGUACACUUGUUUCUUACAAAAAGAAUCAGUUUGGAAUAGUACUUAGGUGCAACUUAGGUGUUUUAUUGCUGUGUGCUGAUCGAGACGACAGUAGCAAGAUAUAAAUCAGGCAAAACAUUAUCGCCAAUCAAAUGUGUUGCUAGAGUAGUUUCCCAUGUAGAGUGAAUUUAGUCUAACUGUUGAAUAAUUGACAUCACCUCUAGAUAAGUUAUUACUAUUUUAGUUGACUUCGUAUGAAUGUAAGAUUUAUGUACAAAAGGCUAAAAAUAAGGGGAGAAAAUGAAGAUGUAAUCAACUGUCUCUUCACUCAUUCUCUGGUAAAGUAAACCCCCAGAUUCGCAUAACUGUUUGUUUGGAGCGUACUUAAUAUUUUAGGUGACGUCAACUAAAUAGUUAUCUAAAUUAAUAUAACUAUACAUUCAACAGUGUGAUUGAAUACACUCUACCUACCUAUAGUGUACUACGAUUGACAACAGCGUAUUGCCUGAUUUCCAUGUUGCUACCGUCGUCUCAAUCAUCUCACAGCAAUAAAAAAAGUGAUAAUUUGAUCAACAUUGCAUACAAUUUGCAUUAAUUUUUUUUUGAAAAGUAUGUAAUAAAUUAUUAAAAUUGUACAACACUGUCCACAUCUUUUUUACACUUGGUUCUAGGGGCUUUCCCUUUAGAGUCUUUCAACUAAAGCUUCGUUAGGCCAUUGGGAGUCCAUUUUUAUCCUAGUUUGCUGUAUCUAAUUAUUGUAAGUAGAAAUAAAGACAGGAUACUUUUUA